AUGGAUCGCCAGACGAAAAGGACUCCGGACACAUUCGCUGCAGAUUGGUGGUUUGUGGUUGAUCUCGGGUUCGCCUUCCCCGGCCGUCUCGCCACCAGUUUCCUGGCACCCACCGGGUCCUCCCUCUUCGAAUACAACGCUGCUGCGAAAAUCGUGAAAAUCAGCAUGGCAGCCGGGAUGGCUUCACAGGGGAUAAUGCUUUGCAGAAUAACGUGCCGUCAAGGUUGGAGAUUUGGAUUGUUGCAACCUUGGACUAUUCCUGGAGGCGGAGGGAAUUGGCAUAUGGUCAUGUCGUGUCGUGGGCAACGGCGUGGCCAGAGACCGAGGAACGCACCAGAGCGUGGGAGCAUUCCUCACGAUGCCGAGAAAUGCUCUCCGUUAGCAAUUUUAGCCUCCAUAUCUUCGCUCCAGCAUCGCCACCGUUGA